AUGUUGGGUCUCGGAUUACUGCUGUUGCUGUUCGGCAGCUGCACUGCCGAUUUAUUCACUGCUAUCGCUGACAUGCAGCGGAUGCUGGGAGCCGAAAAGGAGGUGACCACCAUCAUCGACAAAUACAUCGAGGCCGAAGAGAAACGGCUGGACGAACUUAAACGAUUUGCUGACGAGUACAUCGAUCGCAACAAGACGUGA